AUGGCUUCCUCUAUCUUUUCGCUGCACCUAAAAUCGAUUGACGUCAUCGCUGGGAAAGAGUGUUUCAUGCAAAGAGAUUACGUCUUUUUUUCCAUAUCCUUGUUUUUCCUCCUCUUUUUCGCCCUUUUCUCUUACUCUUCUCUUCUUUUUUCUCUUCUUACUCCAUUCUCUUUGUUACUCUUUGUCUUCUUCCUCUUUCAUCUUCUUCUUCUUUUUUCUUCUUCUUUUUCUUAUCUUCUUUUUCUCCUUCUUCUUUUCCUCUUUUUCUUCUUUUUCUUCUUCUUUUUCUUCUUUUUCUUCUUCUUUUUCUUCUUUUUAUUCUUCUUUUUAUUCUUCUUUUUCUUUUCUUCUUUUUCUUCUUUUUCUUUUCUUCUUUUUCUUCUUUUUCUUUUUCUUCUUUUUCUUUUCUUCUUUUCCUUCUUUUUAUUUUCUUCUUUUUCUUUUCUUCUUUUUCUUUUCUUCUUUUUCUUUUCUUCUUUUUCUUCUUUUUCUUCUUUUUUCUUUUCUUCUUUUUCUUCUUUUUCUUCUUUUCUUCUUUUCUUCUUUUUCUUUUCUUCUUUUCUUCUUUUUCUUUUCUUCUUUUUCUUUUCUUCUUUUUCUUUUCUUCUUUUCUUCUUUUUCUUUUCUUCUUUUUCUUUUCUUCUUUUUCUUCUUUUUCUUCUUUUUCUUUUUUCUUUUCUUCUUUUUCUUUUCUUCUUUUUCUUCUUUUUCUUCUUUUUCUUUUCUUCUUUUUCUUGUUUUUCUUCUUCUUCUUUUUCUUCUUCUUUUACUUCUUUUUCUUUUCUUUUUCUUCUUUUUCCUCUUUUUCUUCUUCUUUUUCCUCUUCUUCUUUUUCCUCUUUUCCUUCUUCUUUUUUUUUUCUUCUUUUUCUUCUUCGUUUUUUUCUUCUUCUUUUCUUCUUUUUCUUUUCUUUUUUCUUCUUUUUUUUCUUUUUUUUUCUUUUUCUUCUUCUUCUUCUUUUUCUUCUUCUUUUACUUCUUAUUCUUCUUGACUUCACAUAAAAUAGUUUUCUUUUGUCCUCACCUUAUUUCUCGCUUCCUUCAUAUCCAACUCUUAAUCCACACUUCUUCCAAACUUACUUCUCUUUGCUUCAGUUUUUUUCUCUUUCUCUUCAAUUUUCUUCUUCUCCCUCCCCACUCCAAUUUCCCGUUUCUAUUCUCUCUCUUUCUAUUUAACUAUCAAUACUUUUCUAAUACUCUUUCUAUCAUCCUUUCAUUAAUUCUUUCUCUUUCUCUAUCUUUUUGUCCCAGAUCUCUCAACCUUACUCUUAACUCUUACACGAUCGCGGUUCGUUUAGUUUAUUGUUUCACCACCACAAACACGACCAACCCCAGCCAUUUUGCACCUUCGUCUUUCUUGGUUUAA